AUGACUUUUAAAAAGGGCCGUGAAAUAAACCGAGGAGAUACUGAACAGUUCGUAAAUAAUGGUGUUGUAAUUGUGCACUGGAUGGACAACAAAUCCGUUCUGGCGGCAUCCAAUUGCACUUCGGCAGACGAUCAUAUUUUCGUGAAGCGAUGGAAUAAAAAGGAGAAUGCGUACAUCAAUGUCAGGCAGCCCCUUAUCAUUACCAAUUAUAAUCGUAACAUGGGAGGAGUUGACGUCCUCGACCAAUCAAUCGAGUAUUAUCGAACUUUUAUGAAGACCAAAAAAUGGACUUUGAAGAUAAUGUUACAUUUUUUUGAUCUUGCAGUCGCAAAUGCUUGGCGUUUAUACAAAAUACACUGCCAGACGGCUCACGUACAUAGGGCUCUCUUUGACUUACUUCAAUUCAAAUUGCAAGUAGCUGAUGGUCUUACCAAUACUCCUGAUCUUCCAAGGCCAGAACAAGAUCCUGUUGAAAACAUGGAAUGUUUGGAGGUUCAAGAUCCGGAAAAUGUCGACCCAAAUAUUCCUGCCAAGAGAUACCGACCGGCUAAUGUACCUUCAGAGGCGAAACGUCACGAUGGUUAG